AUGUCUGAUCACCAAGCAGUUGUUAUAAACGCUGAUAUGUCCGAGGAGAUGGAAGAAAAUGCAGUUGACUAUGCUACCCGAGCACUCGAAAAAUACAGUACCGAGAGAGUAUUACACUAUAAUACAUUUAAUUUCGAUAAAUAUUUACUUACGACUUAUGCGUUCGUAUUAGAUUCCUCUCUACGCACAAAUCGAUUUCAAUUUAAAAGUAAUAUUGUUCAAUAGUUUACAAAUUCAAAUAUACCAAUGACAUUGUACUUUUGUUUAUUUCCAGUGCGGUCGGUGUAUACGAUAUCGUGUAUAGGCACUUACUCAAUAGUGUUUUUAAUUGCCAUUAAUAAUUAAUUAGUAUUUAAAAACAAUUAAAGUACUUAUCAAUUACAAAGUCAACGUUCUCGGAAUUUUCAAAAAGUACAUUUUACGCUAGGUACACUACGUAACCGAGAUCUGCAUUUUUAAAGCGGUUCUUAUAUCAGAUAAACAUACAUUUUUUUUUUUUUUUUUUACUCGGGAUGGACAGGUUAUUUACAAAGUGUAUCAACUUCUAAUGUAGUAUUUACCUAGUUUAUAUUACGGUUCCCCCAGUAGCCUCAACGCCUAGAGAUCCCUGUUCCGAGUAUAGAUUUUCUACAAGUGUUUACAUCCGACUAUUGUAAAUUAUAAUUAAAUUAUUACGCGCGUAUAAUCCAGUGGGCUAAAUUAAAUUGUUUCCCCGGAUGAUUAAUACUUGUUGAAAUUUAUAUUGUUUGUUUUCGUUUCGCAUUUUCCAUAGUCAAAGUUAUCAAGUUUUAAUAUAAAUUAUUACAAUUUUAAUUUAAUAAACGAUUGUUUAUUUAAUAGGACAUGGCUGCAUCUAUUGCCGAAUCGUUUAACAAAAGACACAAUCCAACUUGGAAUUGUAUUGUUGGCCGCGAGUUUGCGAGUAGUUUCAGCCACGGAAAAGGAUACUUUGUACACUUUUAUUUGGGCCAUUUGUCUAUAUUGCUGUUCAAAUGUGCAUAA